UCCUACCAACGUACUCUGUGAAACUGAGCAGUUGGCGCCCAACAAGAACUUGCACUGUGCGAGCAUGAGUCAUUAAGAAUUGAAUUAUUAGUUUGGAAUUAUUUGUCGAAGAAAAUUAGUAGGUAUGGCGGAUCCGAAAUAUGUCAACCUGCCGGGAAUUGCGUAUGACCAGCCAGACAUUUAUGAGACGACAGACUUACCGGAGAGUGACCAGUACACAGAUUUUGCGGAGGUCGAAGAGGACUCACGAGAAAUAGAACGAGUUCAUUUAAAUCCAGAAACUGCUAGUGAACGAUUUCGAGGGAAAUAUCUGGAUGGAUCGAAAGUUGAUUUUGCUGACCAAGGUUUCACAAAGUCUCGAAAGAAGGGAUAUGAUGCGAUUACAUGCUGGGAGUUGGCUCCAACAGGAGAACAAGAAACUGUGUUUCAAAGAUUCUUGCGACUAAAGUGCGAAAUUAAUGAGCUGAUAAGUGAAGUUCAAGUUAAAGGAAUGGGUGCAGAUGCAGGGGAUCCUAAUUUGAGUGCCCAAGAAAUUUUAAAGCAGGCAAAUGGAAUGCAAAAACAACUUUUGGAACUACGAAUUGAUCCAGCCAAAGCUUCUACUGGGAAUGAUGACUCUAAUGCCUUAAAGAAAAAAUUGACAGUAAAACUUGGAGAAAUGUCCCAGGAAAAGGCAAAAGCAGAUAAAUCUGCUGGAUCUAAAGAUGGUUUGCAGUAUGAGCUGUGUGUUCCUUCAAGUUCGAAUAAACCAGGUCAAUUCAGCAGAAUUACAGAACUAGAAAAUAGAAUAAAAAUGUUGGAAGGUGUAUUAGGAACUGAACAGAAGGAUAAACUGGCUACUGUUGCGAUAAGCCCGAAAAAUCAUAGUGUUUUAGGCUGCCUUUCCGUCCUCAGCACCAAACUGAGUUUACUAGAACCAACUCACAUUGAGCUGAUUGAAACUAGGUUAUCAUCGGUGCUUCAGAAAGUAACCAAAAUAUCAGAGAAAAAAUUAGAUGUUCAAGAAUUAGAAAGAACGUUAAAGCUGUCCGACUUGUACGACUUGAUGGAGGAAUCUUCCAGCACCAUUCAAGCCCUGCCAGAAUUAGCCGAACGGCUAAACUCUUUGCAACAGCUUCAUCAAGAAGCAAGUGAAGUGGUUAAAGAACUCUCAGAGAUAAAAAGCCUUCAGGAAGCUAUUGCUGGUGGCACGUUAGAAAACGAUAAGAUAUUAAAGGAGUUGCAAAUUGUUAUUAGUGAGACUUUGAAACGUCCUGGUGGGAAAUAAUCCAAGGUGUCUUUCUAGCUAAAGGUAUUUAUUAAUGUACAUACAUGUUUACAUAUACACGUAUAAUAUUAAUAUAAAGCGAUGUAUGAUUUUAUUAUGUGUAAGGUGCAUUAGUUGGUAAAAGAGAGUAUUGUACCAAAGCAGGAGAUUUUUAUUAUUAUUAAGAACAAUCUUAACUAAAAAUU